AUGGCCUCAGUCCCCACCGCAGAGAGCUGGACGGACGGGACGGCAGGAGUGGGGACCCAAGCAGAGAACCUAAGCGCUGCGUUGGGGGUCACUGAGUGGCUUUCCCUCCAGGCUGGCAACUUCUCCUCGGCUCUGGGGCUGCCGCUGGCAUCCCAGGCACCUUCCCAGGCCCGGGCCAAUCUCACGAACCAGUUCGUGCAGCCGUCCUGGCGGAUCGCACUCUGGUCUCUGGCCUAUGGCUUGGUGGUGGCUGUGGCAGUCUUUGGAAACCUCAUCGUUAUCUGGAUCAUCCUGGCCCACAAGCGCAUGAGGACCGUCACCAACUAUUUCCUCGUAAACCUGGCUUUCUCCGACGCCUCCAUGGCUGCCUUCAACACCUUGGUCAAUUUCAUCUAUGCUCUUCACAGCGAGUGGUACUUUGGCGCCAACUACUGCCGCUUCCAGAACUUCUUUCCCAUCACUGCGGUGUUUGCCAGCAUCUACUCUAUGACAGCCAUUGCAGUGGACAGGUAUAUGGCCAUUAUCGAUCCUUUGAAACCCAGAUUGUCUGCCACGGCCACCAAGAUUGUCAUCGGGAGUAUUUGGAUUUUGGCAUUUCUACUUGCCUUCCCUCAAUGCCUUUAUUCCAAAAUAAAAGUUAUGCCAGGACGUACUCUUUGCUAUGUGCAGUGGCCCGAGGGUCCCAAGCAACAUUUCACGUACCACAUCAUUGUCAUCAUCCUGGUGUACUGUUUCCCAUUGCUCAUUAUGGGUGUCACCUACACCAUAGUUGGAAUUACUCUCUGGGGAGGAGAGAUCCCAGGGGACACCUGUGACAAGUACCAUGAGCAGCUGAAGGCCAAACGAAAG